CGUGCGCGCGACUCUGUCGCCUCGCCUCACGGCAGCAGGACGCGGCUGAGUGUUGUGCGGAGCUACGCUUGGGGAACUGCGUCGGGAAAGGAAGAAACUCACUGAGCAGUAGAAAACAUUUAAAAAAAAAAAAAUCUAAUUUAUGUAACUCGGUAUUGCAUUGCUACUGUUUUUUUUCAGCAUUUUGUAAUCGAUGGAUAUGGAUUAGCGGAGCGGUUAGUAAAGCGGGAACGACUCGGAGCGAGUCCAUCGGUGACGCCCCCACCCGCAGCGGCUCCCGGUGACAACACACACACACUACCUGUUUAUUCUUCUUCACUUGCUCGUGUCACAGGCAGAGGAUCGCUGCCGGCCGACUGAAUAUGUUGGCAUGGCUCAGCGACUGCUUCUGGCAGGAACGCCUCUGGUUCCCUGAGGGUCUGGGCUGGGCCGACCUGCAGGACCGCGAUGGCCGAGUCUACGCCAAAGCCGCAGACCUCUGGGUUACCAUUCCUCUGGCGCUCUGCUUCCUGGUCGUGCGGCAGGUUUUCGAGAGGACAGUGGCCGUUCCACUUGCCUCGCUGCUCGGAGUGCGGGAGAAGGUGCGCGUGACAGCGACGCACAACCCCACGCUGGAGUCUUACUUCUGUGAAGUAACCAAGCACCCCACGCAGAGCGCAGUGGAGAGCUUAAGCAAAAAGGCAGGCGUUUCAGUGAACCAGGCCCGACGGUGGUUCCGGCGCCGAAGGAACCAGGACAGACCGAGCCUGCUGAAGAAAUUCCGAGAGGCCAGUUGGAGAUUCACCUUUUACCUUCUUGCUUUCAUUGCUGGCCUGGCUGCACUCGUUGACAAACCCUGGUUUUAUGACUUGACGGAAGUGUGGAAAGGAUUUCCAACGCUGACGCUGCUGCCCUCCCAGUACUGGUACUACAUGCUAGAGCUGAGCUUCUACGUCUCCCUGCUGUUCAGCGUGGCCACUGACGUCAAGCGCAAAUUUUCUCUCUUUUGUUUCACCUUUCCCUGUUGGAUUCAGGAUUUCAAGGAACAGAUUGUGCACCAUGUCGCCACAAUUGUGCUGAUCAGCUUUUCCUGGUGCGUUAACUACAUCCGAGCUGGGACCCUGAUCAUGCUGGUGCACGAUGCCUCGGACUACCUGCUGGAGUCGGCCAAAAUGUUCAACUAUGCAGGAUGGAGGACAACUUGCAACUGUAUGUUCAUCCUUUUCGCCGCCGUCUUCUUCGUCACUCGGCUCAUCAUCUUCCCCCUCCGGAUCCUGUACUGCACGUGGGUUUACCCUGUGACCAUGUACCCCCCCUUCUUUGGUUACUACUUCUUCAACGGGCUCCUGCUCCUCCUGCAGUGUCUCCAUAUCUUCUGGGCUCUUCUCAUCCUGCGCAUGGUCAUCAAGUUCCUUCCAGGCAAUGAUGUUGUGGCGGAUGAGAGAAGCGAUAAGGAGGAGACGGAUGAGUCCGAGGAGGAGGAGGAAGGAGCGAAACUGGAAAACGGGUCGGUGCAGAAUGGCCACCCCGCUCUCUACAGCGGUCACUGCAAAACAGAGUGAUGCCCAGGUUGGAGGAGAGAACCCAGCUGGGGUUGGGGCGAUGUGCGCUCACACGCACACAUAUAGAAGACAGAUAUGGGGCGGUGAGAACAGACACGUUACACUAAAUGACACUGAUAUGUCAGGUAUGAGGAUGUGUGGGUGGAGGAGACCAGCACACUGGUCCUCUUUGAAUGUUCGGUUCCCUGAGAACCGGUGUGUUUGUACCAUGGUGUCGCCUCUCUAUAGAACAGGCACUUGUGUCGUGUCAGCCUUGAAAAAAUCAGCUCCAGUUACAGCAGGAAGUGGCAGUUUCCACAGAGAUCUUUGUGACUAAUACAGGCUUACAGGUAUGACAAAUAUAUAUUUACACACACACUGUCCGAAACCACUCGUCCCGAGGGGGGUUAUGGCAAACCG